GAAAUGAGUUGAUUAUCUUUUUGGCUGACCAAAAGGAACCCUACUUCAAGCCCCGUGUUAAGUUACCAAUGAAAUCUCUCAGUGUUACCAUAACCAGUGUAGUUCCUGGAGAUUAUGAUGGUGAUUCACAAAUGGAUGUCCUCCUGACUACCAGGGCACAAAAUCAUGGCAGAGAUGAACUUUCAGUGUUUAUUUUCUGGGGGCACAACCAAACAUUAGAUCUUAACCAUAAAACUAUGUUAAAUAAAACUUUUCAUGAUGAGCCUCUAGUAAUGGACUUUAAUGGAGACUUGAUUCCUGAUGUCUUUGGUGUCACAAGUGAUUCAAGUAAGCCACAGAUAUGGCUAGGCGGGAACUUAUCAUGGUAUGCUGCAUUGGAAACUCAAAGUAAAAUGUAUAUACCGCACUCUCAUGCGUUUAUAGAUUUAGAUAAUGACUUCACUGCUGAUUUGUUCCUUACUACGUCACCAAAUUCACAAAACAUUCAGUUUGAGACAUGGGUAAAUAAGGAUGGGAACUUCUCUAAAGCUGGAAGAAGUAAGGAAACACCUAGUGCUGUGGAAGUUGUUGGACAGUCCGUGUUUGCAGAUUUUGAUGGGGACGGACAAAGUGAACAUUUAUUACCAGUCUGUGAAGAUAGAAAAUGUCAAAAAAGUGCCAUCUACUUAACUAAGCUAGGAUUGGAUCAGUGGAUUCCAGUCUUGCAAGACUUCAGAAAUAAAGACACGCUGUGGGGCUUUGUACCACAUCAAACUGACAAAUCUUCAACAGAAAUUUCAUUUCCAAUUACACUUCAUAUUGGAGAUUACAAUAUGGAUGGCUACCCGGAUGCUCUUGCUAUACUAAAGAAUACAUCUGGAAGCAAUCAACAAGCAUUUUUACUAGAAAAUGUCCCAUGCAAUAACGUAAGCUGCAAGAGUGUACGUCGUAUGUUUAAAGUUUUUUGGGAGCUCUCGGAUCUAAAUCAAAUCAAGGAUGCAGUGGUAGCAACCUUCUUUGACAUAUACGAAGACGGAAUCUUGGAUAUCAUUGUGCUAAGCAAAGGCUACUCCAACAAGGACUUUGCUAUCCAUGCAUUAAAAAAUAACUUUGAAGCAGAUGCCUAUUUUGUUAAAGUUAUUGUUCUCAGUGGCCUCUGUUCUAAUGACUGUCCUCGGAAAAUAACACCUUUUGGUGUUAAUCAGCCUGGUCCUUACAUCAUGUACACUACUGUAGAUGCAAAUGGAUACCUGAAAAAUGGGUCAG